GUGAGAAAGAAGGACCAGAUCAACAUUGAGACGAAGAACAAAACAGUGAGAUUCAUUGGCGAGCUAACUAAGUUUAAGAUGUUCUCCAAAAGUGACACGCUGCAUUGCUUAAAGAUGCUUCUGUCUGACUUCUCCCAUCACCACAUUGAAAUGGCGUGCACUUUGUUAGAGACUUGUGGGAGAUUCCUCUUCAGGUCUCCAGACUCCCAUUUGAGGACCAGCGUUCUUUUGGAACAAAUGAUGCGGAAGAAGCAGGCCAUGCAUCUCGACGCGCGCUACGUCACGAUGGUGGAAAACGCCUACUAUUACUGCAACCCUCCUCCCGCGGAGAAGACGGUCAAAAGGAAGCGCCCUCCUCUCCAGGAAUAUAUUCGGAAGCUGCUCUAUAAGGACCUCUCCAAAGUCACCACUGAAAAG